GGCUUGCCUUGACUUCCAAGUGUCAUUAUCUUUCCAUCACGAUUCAACGUCCGUUCCUAAUAUCGUUAUUGUAGGUACCUCUCUGAACUCUCGCAACAAGUGGACGAAUUCAAUCACAACAAAGGCGGAGUUCGAAGAAACAUCGUUGAUUUCAUAACUUCUCAAGAUGUCAAAGAGAGGAUUAGUCGACACCGAGAGCGCGUGAAAAACACCAGGGACAACUUUCUGGUUCAAGUAGCACUAAGCGCUAACCUCUCCCUUGCCGGCAUGCGGGAACAAAUAUAUCCAAUUCAACAUUUUAUAGCAAAUCAAGUCUCAUCCGGUUCACUCACUCACCCCAUGGACAAUAACGGGAACCACGUCAGUGACGAGACGCAGAUCACGAAGCAGUACAAGAUGCCUGGUGGUAUCGACUUAUUUGGGGGUUUCCAAGAGACGAGUGCCGCAGUGCAAUCUGGAACUUGCAACACUCGUUCCGCAUCAACCUCCAAACUUGUGGAGUGGCUCUGUCAGCUUCAGUUCUGCUUUAUAUUUCUUCGAUGGCUCCACUUCCGGUGGACCUUUUCCCUCAAGUUCGAAAUAAGAACGCCUGCUGGCCGCUCUCGGACUUGGGCAGUUCUCAUUGGCAUUGACGCCUAUGAAGGAUUACCGUUGCAUGGUUGCGUCGCAGAUGCUCUUCUAAUGCAGGAAUAUGUGAUUGAGCAUCUCGGCGUGCCAAAAGUACAGACCCAACUCCUUAUCAGCUCUUGCCAUUCGUCAUCUUCCGGCUUUCUCCCUACUCGCAACAAUAUCAUUCAAACACUUCUUAGUCUUAUCACUAACCCUGAUAUCCAGCCUGGUGAUGAUAUUAUUGUCUAUUUUGCUGGACAUAGCGGAUCCUAUGCUUAUCCGGACUAUGCCAGUGGCCAUAGCGGCGACUCUUACACCGACACAGUCGAGCGAAGAGGCAAAUCUAUCGUAGCUCUCUGUCCCAUGGACAGCAGUGAUAUUGCUGGGAGCAACUUUUGCAGUCCUGACAUCAGUGACCGUGAGAUCGACGCCAUUUUCCAUCUCAUCUCAAGCAACCGGAGGGCCCGAAUUACCCUUAUUCUCGAUACCAGUAGUUCUGGCGGGUUCUCCAGAAACCUACCACAGCUGAUAGAUUCGCCUCAAUCAGUACUCAAAUCAAUUAACAUGCUUAACGUGGGGCAUGAGACAUUGAAAAAUUUCCCUGGCUAUCAAUCGAUUCUGACAGAAGGCUGGUACGCGGAUAUGGAUUCUUAUGUACUUUUGGCAGCGUGUCAAGAGUUUCAGUGUGCGAGAGAAGGGGGAGGCAAUGGAUUGUUUACAGACACUCUCAUCGGGACACUCACAUCAAGCGAGUUAAAAGAUGACUCGACAUUCGUUGACCUCUGGAAAGCUUUGCCCUCCGAGGUGGGAUACCACCAAACACCUGCUGUCAUUGGAAAAUACAGGGACGCACCAAUUUGGUUCCGCGAUUAAUGUUUCUUUACUAGGAACUAUGCUGCGUGGUAGGUCCCGUCGUUGAUUCUACCAACCUAGUACUUACCUCAUUAGUAUUUCGCUCUUUUCAUUUUUCCAAGCAUAUUUCUCUUCUGUUACUUAGUAGAAUGGUCUACGUAGACUACUUUCAUGAUGUAUGAAUCUAUCCUAAUGUCAUCCCAGGUUGCCGUGACUUCAAGUCUAAAACUGAGUAGGAUUGCGACUCGUUCCCGGAACAUGCUACGACGUCCAAGUAUGGUAC